GCUGCAUUAAUGAAUGAGUACACGUAGCAUAGGAGGAACGGAAAACUCGAAAACUCGGAGGAGCAUCUUGAGAGAGCGGCAGCGCAGAAAAGUUGAGCGGAGAAAGCAAAAGAGCAGCAGCGGAGAGGGAGCAACUGUUGCCUGUGCACCUCUCCCCUCCCUAUAAGCGCUCCUCCCGAAGCCCACCAGCCCCACCAGGCCACCACCACCACCUUCUCCCCCCCGCCCCUUUCUUCCUUCUUCCUCAGCCCCAAACCCUAACACCCCACCACCACCCCGUCCGCGACGAGGUGGGGCUUAAACCCUACCGCCCACCAGCGGCGGCCAUGAAGACGCUGUGCCCCAAGCCCGGCAAGGGCGGCAAGAUCCACCCGUCGCCCGCCGAGGACCCCAUCGCGGCGGCGUUCCGCCUCCUCCCGGCCGCCAUCCUCGUCCUCGUCGCCGGGCUGUGCCCCGAGGACCAGCGGGUCCUGGCCCACCUCGUCACGCGCUCGUUCCUGGUGGGCUGGGACGCCGCCACCGCGCCGCCGCCGGAGCAGCAGCAGGCGCGCGGCGGCGGAGGCGGAGGCGGAGGCACGCGUCGCCGAGCGCGCGGCCACCCGCCCACUGUCGGGUGCCUGUGCUUCGAGUGCUACGGCAGCUUCUGGUCGCGGUGGGACUGCUCCCCGCAGCACGACCGCAUCCACGACGUCCUCGAGGCCUUCGAGGAGCACCUCCGCGCCGCCGAGUCCGCCGCCGCCGCCACACCUCCCUCCUCCAAGCGCCGCGACAAGGGAAAGCGCGGCAGGGCUCCUGCUGCCGCAACUACACCUCCGCCGCCGGCGCGGAGCAGCCCCGAGUCCCUGGAGCCCGCCGCUUCCGAGGUGGCGGCCCAGGAACCGCCCUCGUCGCCGCUCCUUCCUUCCUGCCCUUCUACCGCGCCGACUCCCGCGGCGUGCCUCUCCGAGAACACGGAGAAUGUCCCGGAAGAGACUGCCGCCUCGGAGGCCCAAGCGGAUGACGAAUGCGGCGGCGAGGUGGCGGUGGAGGCCGAGGCCGAGGAGGAGAGGAAGCGCGGGUGGGCGGACGUGAUGGGCGGCGUGCUGAACCUCCGCCGCUGGGGGAUUUGGAGCCCCGCCGCCGUGGAGAGCGGCGCCACCUAGGGGCGGGCAGCAGGCGGCGGCCAAUGGCAUUCCUGUAAAUGCCGGGCUUUUCUAGGGUACUGUUGGCAAAAGAUCGGACUGCCUAGGCAGCACCAGCAGCAGAGGUAAAAAAAAAAAAGAAAAGCGCUGGUAAUUCUCUUCUCCGUUUGGUUGGGGAAGGGAACUGGAAAUCUGCAAGCGCGGGCAACUAUUGUAGUAUGUGGGGGUAAUUAUGGCAACCAGUGAUUGUGCAACUGAAACAAACAAGAUGAACAUCACUUGGUGCUUGAUAAUCGUGUGAAUUAUGGUCUUGCGUUGCUUGCAUUUAUCCUGCUCCUGCUCCUGCUUGACUGUUC